AUGGCGACGGGCGUCGACGCGAAGCUCUUGAAGAGCACCAAGUUCCCUCCGGAGUUCAAUCAAAAAGUGGACAUGCAAAAGGUCAAUGUGCAGGUCAUGAAGAAAUGGAUCGCCAACCGAGUCAUAGAAAUCCUGGGGAACGAGGACGACGUGGUCAUCGAGCUCAUCUUCAACCUGAUUGAGGGCGGUCGCUAUCCCGACAUCAAAUCCCUCCAGAUACAGCUGACCGGCUUCCUCGACAAAGACACGCCCACGUUCUGCAGGGAUCUCUGGAGGUUGCUUCUUAGCGCGCAAGCAAGCCCCCAGGGCGUGCCCAAGGAACUGCUAGAAGCGAAGAAGUUGGAGUUGAUGCAGGAAAAGGUGGGCAAUGGAUGA